CUUAUAAAAAAUUCGGAUCAUGUUAUUUUCACCCGUAUUGAACUAAUAGUACAGUAUUUUUUUAUAAGAAAUUAAAUCUCUCCAAAAUCCUGCAGUAGUUUACCGUUUACGGAAGCUGUAAGGUGUAUCUCUGGCUGUUGGCGCAUCUUGUUUAAUUUUCAAGCUGAAAAUGGCCGUUUCUGCGGGUACCUCCGGUUUAAUCGCAGUAGCAUCCAGCAUUCUGCUCAUUGGAGCGAUGCAGCUCUUCAAAGCGCCUCUGAGCAACUCGCAGCCUGGCACCGUUCUCGGAGGAUUCCUGGGCUCGCAGUUAUUCGUCCUUUUAUUAACCGCUGUGUCUAAUUUUGAGAUGAGCGCUUUCGGACCUGGCUUCCAGGCCAGAGUGUUCCCGGAAAUUGUGUCUACAUUGCUGAUCGCUCUCUUUGUUGCGGGAUCGGUGCAUCGUGUCUGCGUAACGACCUGUUUGCUGUUUUCAUUCGUUUCGCUGUACUACCUAAACAAAAUGUCCGGUACGGCAUAUGGAAACGUCACCUCGGCCCAGGCGCAAGUGAAAAGCAAGCGGAAAUAAGCUGCGGGUGUUUGCGCGUUAUGGCCUCGCUGCACCGUCUUUUAUACAUAAUUCAUUGUUUUAUUCUAAUUUUAUUUUGCACGUGUUUUGUUACCAGACUAUUGUCUGGCUUCUUCCAGUGAAAAAUCCACCAGUUUCGAUGUUCUGAUUUUCGAUCCCUGUGAUUCCCACGGGGACAUUGUUUAAACUUCCUGCAGUGACUUGAUGAAUCACGUUCCAACCGC